AUGCCGCUGCAUCCCAUCGUCUCAGCAACGUUAACGCCUCCACGCAGUCAUCCCAGGUCCGAACCUUACGACCCUUACCUCCCCCGCAAUGGCUCCUCAUCCAAUCCCGCUGGCGGAUCAAGUCAGGGUGGAAACCCUAAAACCGCAGCUAUCCAACAACAAAUUGACGACACCGUCGGUAUUAUGAGGGAGAACAUCACAAAGGUCGCAGAACGUGGAGAGAGAUUGGACUCGUUGCAGGAUAAGACAGCUAUUUCCCCAGACAACCUUGCUGUUUCAGCGCAGGGCUUCCGUCGUGGUGCUAACCGAGUACGAAAGAAUAUGUGGUGGAAAGACAUGAAGAUGCGCAUGAUCAUUGGUGUUGCUGUCAUAAUCAUCAUAAUCAUUAUUAUAGUCAGCAUUGUGAAGGCAACACAUCACUAG